UCAGGAGUUUCUGGCUGCUGUCUACAUGUUCCACUGUCACUCCAACAGGAAGACAGAGGUGCUUGAAGGUUUCGUGGGACAAAAUUAUUGGAAAUCAUCUCUGGAUGAGUUCCUCGAGAGAGCCAUGAAGAAAUCCCUCCAGAGUAAAAAUGGCCACCUGGACCUGUUUGUUCGCUUCCUUCAUGGCCUCUCUCUGGAGUCCAACCGGAGACUCUUAGGAGGUCUGCUGGGUCAGACAGAGAUCAGUCCAGAAACCAUCCAGAGAGUCAUCAACAACCUGAAGAAGAUGGACAGUGAUGAAAUCUCUCCUGACAGAAGCAUCAACAUCUUCCACUGUCUGAUGGAGAUGAACGACCUCUCAUUAUUUCAGGAUAUCCAAGAGUUCGUGAAGUCAGAGAACAGAUCAGAGAAGAAACUCUCUGAGAUCCAGUGCUCAGCUCUGGCUUUCAUGCUGCAGAUGUCAGAGGAGGUUCUGGAUGAGUUGGACCUGCAGAAGUACAACACAUCAUUCUGGGGACUACGUAGACUGAUUCCAGCUGUAAGGAACUGCAGAAAGGCUCAACUGACUAAGUGUGCACUCUCAGAGACUCACUGUAAAGUUGUGGCCUCAGCUCUGAAGUCAAACCCCUCCCACCUGACAGAGCUGGACAUGAGUCUGAAUGACCUGUAUGAUUCAGGCGUGAAGCUUCUUUGUGCUGGACUGGAGAGUCCCAACUGUCGACUGGAGACUCUGAGAUUGAAGGGCUGUGGUUUGUCAAAGAUCAGAUGUGAUUAUCUGGCAGCAGCGCUGAAGUCCAACCGCUCCCAUCUGAGAGAGUUGGACCUGAGUUUCAACAACAACCUGAAGGAUUCAGGAGUGAAGCAGCUGUGUCGUUUUCUGGAGAGUCCAAGAUGUGAACUUGAAACUCUAAGAUUGAGUUUCUGUGGUUUGUCAAAGUUCAGCUGUGAUUCUCUGGCAGCAGCACUGAGGUCCAACCCCUUCCAUCUGAGAGAGCUGGACCUGAGUGGAAACUACAGCCUUACGGAUUCAGAUGUGAAGCAGCUGUCUGAUCUUAAGGAGAGUCCAGACUGCAGACUGGCGAGUCUGGUGUGGAGCCGAUGAUGGUAAACAGGACGGUGUGUGUGCUG